AUGUCUACCCACAAUAACUGCUGCAGCAACAAUAGUAUGGGGAUCUCUCCUUUGAGUAAAAGUCUACUCAAGACCCAAAUUGGUAAGCACUCACCUACAAAGAGCGCCUAUCACAUUCGCUCGAAAACACCAUCACCUACCAAAUAUUACAAUAGGAGCAACAAAUCGUCUCCUCAAUUGGGAUUCACCAUUUGGCAAGACAAGCCAAAUAGUCCGACAAAAGAAGGUAACAACAAGAACUCGGUUCCCAAUUUGAAUCAUGAAGAUCAAGAAAAUAUUCUUCAACCUAAAAAAUUGACAUCGUCUCCAGCAACAAAAACAACAACAACAUCAUCAUCAACAUCAUCAACAUCAACAACAUUAUCAGUUGAAAGAGGAAAAAGAACGCCUUUAGGUGAAUUGAGUAUCAGUCAAUUUAAAGGAUACAUUACUACACAGGACGAAGGCACGCGACAAUUGUGUGAUCUUUACCAACCUGUAUUGUAUGAAAAUGAGUUUGGCACAGCUCACAAGUUUACAAACUUGCCUGGUUAUUUAACACCAAGUAGGAGAAACAGACGCAAUAGCAGUGGUGGUGGCGGUAUUAGUGGUAGUAGUGGAUAUCUUUCUGUAUCAAACGCGACAAUCGAGGCAGGAAGAAAUAGCUGGAGCAGUAGAAACCAUAUGGUGAAUAAAAAGACGCGGUCAAUGUCGGUAGGGAGAAACGAAGCAAAACGCGAUUUGAUAAAAAAGGGCUCAUUCACUAUAAUGACCAAUACUACGUAG